GCACUUCCACUUUGCUAGGCGCGCGGUUCCCGGUCUGAAAAGUAGAACGCGGAUUUGGCUAGGGCCUCGCGUCUCCGCAGCCCGGCAUGGCCUCCUCACGAGCCUCCUCCACGACAACCAAAACCAAAGCGCCUGACGAUUUAGUUGCUCCCGUUGUGAAGAAACCACACAUCUACUAUGGAAGCUUGGAAGAAAAAGAGCGGGAACGCCUGGCCAAAGGAGAGUCUGGGAUUUUGGGAAAAGAAGGACUCAAAGCCGGCAUUGAAGCAGGAAAUAUUAAUAUAACAUCCGGGGAAGUGUUUGAAAUUGAGGAGCACAUCAGUGAGCGGCAGGCAGAAGUCUUGGCAGAGUUUGAAAGAAGAAAGCGAGCCCGGCAGAUCAAUGUUUCCACAGAUGACUCAGAGGUCAAGGCUUGCCUUCGAGCCUUGGGAGAGCCUAUCACGCUUUUUGGAGAGGGCCCUGCUGAGCGAAGAGAAAGGUUAAGAAAUAUUCUCUCAGUGGUCGGGACUGAUGCCUUAAAAAAGACCAAAAAAGAUGAUGAAAAGUCUAAGAAGUCAAAGGAGGAGUAUCAGCAAACCUGGUACCAUGAAGGGCCAAAUAGCCUGAAGGUGGCCAGACUGUGGAUUGCUAAUUAUUCACUCCCCAGGGCAAUGAAACGCUUAGAGGAGGCCCGUCUCCAUAAGGAGAUUCCCGAGACAACCAGAACCUCCCAGAUGCAGGAGCUGCACAAGUCUCUCCGGUCUUUGAAUAAUUUCUGCAGUCAGAUUGGAGAUGACCGGCCGAUCUCCUACUGCCACUUCAGCCCCAAUUCUAAAAUGCUAGCCACAGCUUGUUGGAGUGGGCUCUGCAAGCUCUGGUCUGUCCCCGACUGCAGCCUCCUUCACACUCUUCGAGGCCAUAACACAAAUGUAGGAGCAAUUGUAUUCCAUCCCAAAUCCACUGUCUCGUUGGACCAGAAGGAUGUCAACCUGGCCUCUUGUGCUGCUGAUGGUUCUGUGAAGCUUUGGAGCCUUGACAGCGAUGAACCAGUGGCAGAUAUUGAAGGCCAUACAGUACGUGUAGCUCGGGUAAUGUGGCAUCCAUCAGGGCGUUUCCUGGGCACAACCUGUUAUGACCGUUCAUGGCGCUUAUGGGAUUUAGAGGCUCAAGAGGAGAUCCUGCACCAGGAAGGCCACAGCAUGGGUGUGUAUGACAUUGCCUUCCAUCAAGAUGGCUCUUUGGCUGGCACUGGGGGACUGGAUGCAUUUGGCCGGGUUUGGGACCUACGCACAGGACGCUGCAUUAUGUUCCUGGAAGGCCACCUGAAGGAAAUCUAUGGGAUAAAUUUCAGCCCCAAUGGCUACCACAUUGCCACUGGCAGUGGUGACAACACCUGCAAAGUGUGGGACCUUCGACAGCGACGCUGUGUCUACACCAUCCCCGCCCAUCAGAACUUAGUGACUGGUGUCAAGUUUGAGCCUAUCCAUGGGGACUUCUUGCUCACAGGUGCCUAUGACAAUACAGCCAAGAUCUGGACCCACCCAGGCUGGUCCCCACUGAAGACCCUGGCUGGUCAUGAGGGCAAAGUGAUGGGUCUGGACAUUUCUUCUGAUGGGCAACUCAUAGCCACGUGCUCCUAUGACAGAACCUUCAAGCUCUGGAUGGCGGAGUAGGCCAGACCACGGAAGGACUCAGAACUUGUGUUCUCACUAUGGAGCCACUUUCCUCAAAGGAAAAGAAUUGUAUUGUGUUCUAUCAUGUUUCCUGCCAAAUACCAUGUGUUGGAUUGGAUUUUCACAUCAGCCCACUUUUGAGGAAGCCAGUCUUUAGGUGGUAGCAAGCCCUUCGUGGUUAGAACAAAAUUCUCAUCUCAGGUUCUGCCAUAAACUGUAGAUGUUGUAUAGAUUCAACACUUUUCAGUGCCCUGCCUCCUCCCUCACGCUCAGGAUUGUGACUGUUCUUUCAUUUUUGGUUUUUUAUUUGGCAUUUUGAGACAGAGUCUGUAUGUAUAUCCCUGACUGUCCUGGAAGCCUUACAUUGUAAGUGAUCCUCCUGUCCUGCCCUUCGAGUGAUGGCGUUACGGAAAUGUGCUGCUGUGCCUGGCAGUUGUAUUUUUAGUGCUGGAACUUGGCUCUCUAUAAUAUAGUAUGUGCUUGGGACUACAGGUGAUUCAGCAAGCAAGAUAGCUGGACUGGCUGGGCAGUGGUGGCGCACGCCUUUAAUCCCAGCUUGGGAGGCAGAGGCGGACAGAUCUCUUGAGUUUGAGGCCAGCCUGGUCUACAGAGCAAGUUCAAGGACAGCCAGGGCUACACAGAGAAACCCUGUCUCAAGGAAAAAAGAGAUAGCUGGACUGUAUUUGAAAUCUCCCCAGUUAUGAGGACAUGUCACGGCCAUUUGUUGAGCAGUGCCUGGUGGCAAGCUCCUUUCCUGACGCCGAGAAUGAGACCGGAGCCAUAGACUGCAGCUGUGUGAUAGCUCCAUAGUAAAAAAGAUGUUCCCCGUGUUCACGAAGGAUGUUCACUGCAGCUGGGACUCAGAACUGCACACUUGGCCUUGUUAGAGCCAAGUUAGAGCCUCUUCCUUUUGGCUUUGAAGUUUGAUAUCCUUCAUGACAAAACAAUCUGGCCAUUGUAUCCAGAUUCAAAGGAGUUUUAAAAACAAACAUGAUGUCUGUGUUGUACA